AUGUACUUUCGUUUGUUUGGAGCACUGGCGGUGGUGUUGGUGCUGCCAUUUGGUGGAGCAGCGUUUGAGGACGCACGCUGCUGCCUUUGCGGCUGUACGUUGAUGAUCAGUCCAUCAUCGGAACAUCCACAACUAGAGAUAGAUGAUUUGCGUCCGGAGGAUAUUCCUCGUGACAUCAAAUCGUCAUCAGAACUAACCAUGGCACCAUCGGACUUCUUUACCAACAGUGAAGAACUACUUCGUCGUUCCAUCGAACAAAGCUGGCGAGGAGGGGUCGAGGGAUCAUCUGACGACAGGGAGCUUUCUGAUGAUGAGACAUCGGUGAGGACGGGGCCAAUUCGUGCGAUUGAAGGGGCGGCGAGGUGA